GACAACUUAUAGUCGCUAUCUUGACCCGCAGUCAUAUGUUCAUUUUGUUGACGUUUACCUUUUGGCAAAAAGCAUUGCGCACCAGGUUGAGAAGCCUCCAAACGUUUUCGCAAUGGAGCUGAUCAUUCUCGUUGGGAUUGCCGUAGCUCUGUUAGUAGUGAUCGUCACACUGUACCUGCUGCAAAAGAAAAACGCCGCCCCAGAAACCAAGGCAGCUGCAGCCCCUCAACGUGGCGUUCCACAGCGCGCCCAGGAGGGUGUUCCGCGUCGAGCUCAAAUAGCUCGAAAUCAGCGCAAUCGGCUGCGCCAGAAUGUUCCAGCGGCUCCAGUCGCCGCGGCAGCUGGUGCUCCUCCGGCUGCCGGCGACUCUGACCACGAAGACGAGGGACAGGUCGAUGGUGAUGAGGCACGUGUGCCCCAGGGAGCGGUGCUGGAUGAGAAAAUGGGUGCUAAGAAGCGUGCCAAGAUGGAGGCCAAGGAGCAGAAGCGGCUGCAGCGGGAGCAGGAGCUGCACGAUCGCGAACAGCGCAAGGUGAAGGAGGCGAAGGAGGAGGCGGAGCGCAAGCAGCAAGAAGACCUUGAGGCAGAGGUCGAGCGCAAGCGGGUGGAUGCCGAGCGCCUGGCCAAAGAGGAGCGGGAGCGCAAGGAGCACGAGGAGUACCUGAAGAUGAAGGCUGCCUUCAGUGUGGAGGAAGAGGGCUUCGAAGAGGGCGACGCCGACGAUCAGGACAAUCUCCUGGCCGACUUCAUUCAGUACAUCAGGGACAACAAGGUGGUGGUCCUAGAGGAUCUGGCCGUGGCCUUCAAAUUAAAGACGCAGCAGGUCAUUGAUCGCAUCCAGGAGCUGCAGGCCGAUGGCACCAUCACCGGCGUCAUCGACGACCGCGGCAAGUUCAUCUACGUUUCCGAGGAGGAGCUCUUGGCCGUGGCCAAGUUCAUUAAACAACGCGGACGCGUCUCCAUCGCCGAGCUGGCCGAGAGCAGCAACAACCUGAUUAACCUGACGCCCAUUUCCGCCGGCGGCGGCGAAGCCAGCUCAUGAUGAGAUUUGUUAGCCAUUUAUAUAUUAAAUUUAUAUUUAGAUGCGAUGUGUUGGUGGAGUAACAAGAACAAAACAAUUCAAGAUUG